UAAUGAAAGAUUGAAGUUAAAAUUGUUGGGGAAAAGAAUGGUUGCGGUGAAAGUGUAACGAGGCGUGAAGAUUGUGAUUGGAACGUAUAAUUUAGCGGCGUUGGGAAAAACCUGCCUCUUCAUCAAUCUUCAGAAUCCCCCUUCCCUUUAAACAUUCUCUUUCAAAUGCAAAAUCACAGUCAAUUGAAAUUCCUGUAUAAAAUUCUGCUAAAUUCUCGUUACAAAUAAAUACAGAAGAUAUAUAAUCGAGGAGAUGCGGCUCGAAAUUCGUUGCCACUAAUAUUAUGAAUUUAGCUUCAAGAAUUGGAGAAAAGUGGGUAUUUGGUUGAACUAGAUAAAAUUACUGAUACUGAAAAUGUUGUAGAUAGUAUGGUGGAUGUGCAAAGGUGGUUAGGAAGCAAUAGUUUUGAAUAUGGUAGAUGUUGUGGAUGAAGCGCCCGACAGGGAUGGCCAGAAAGCUACUUCUCCUAAAAGAAACCUUAUUGGAAAUGAAGAAGAUAACUUUGAGCCACAUGAUGACGUCGAAUUUGAAUCACAUGAGGCAGCAUGUUCAUUUUAUCAAGAGUAUGCUAAGUCGAUGGGGUUCACCACCUCAAUAAAAAACAGUCGUCGCUCAAAGAAAACCAAAGAAUUCAUUGACGCUAAAUUUGCAUGUUCAAGAUAUGGAGUCGCACCAGAAUCUGAUAGCAGCAGUAGUAGACGUCCGAGUGUGAAAAAGACAGAUUGUAAAGCGAGCAUGCAUGUGAAGAGAAAGCGAGAUGGAAAAUGGUAUAUUCAUGAAUUUAUAAAGGAGCACAAUCACGAGCUAUUACCUGCCUUAGCUUACCAUUUCCGAAUUCGUAAGAAUGUUAAAUUAGCUGAAAAGAAUAACAUCGACAUUUUACAUGCGGUUAGUGAACGGACAAGAAAGAUGUAUGUUGAGAUGUCUAAACAAUCUGGUGGACUUCAAAAUCUAGGCCUCAUAAAGAAUGAAUUUGACCAUCAAUUUGAUAGAGGUCGGUACUUGGCACUAGAAGAGGGGGACGCACAAGUAAUGCUUGACUAUUUUAUGCGAAUCCAAAGAUUGGAUCCUAAUUUCUUUUAUGCAGUCGAUUUGAAUGAAGAUCAGGUUUUGAGGAACUUAUUUUGGGUCGAUGCCAGAAACAGGAAAGACUAUAUCAGCUUCAGUGAUGUUGUUUUAUUAGAUACCAGUUAUAUUAAAAGCAAUGAGAAGAUGUCAUUUGCUCCAUUUGUUGGGGUGAACCAUCAUUUUCAGCCCAUGUUGCUUGGUUGUGCAUUGUUAGCCGAUGAAACUAGACCUACAUUUGUCUGGUUAAUGAAGACUUGGCUCAGAGCAAUGGGUGGGCAACCUCCUAAAGUUAUAAUCACUGAUCAAGACAGACCGCUGAAAUCAGCUAUUGAAGAAGUUUGCCCUUAUUCGCGUCAUUGCUUUGCUCUUUGGCAUAUACUGGAAAGGAUCCCUGAAACUCUUGCUCAUGUAAUCAAACAGCACGAGAAUUUUAUGAGAAAAUUCAAUAAAUGUAUAUUCAAGUCGUUGACGGAUGAAGUGUUUGACAUGAGGUGGUGGAAGAUGGUCGGUAGAUUUGAACUACAAGACAAUGAAUGGAUUCAUUCAUUGUAUGAACACCGCAAAAAGUGGGUUCCCACCUUUAUGAGAAGUACUUUUUUGGCUGGAUUGUCUACAACCCAGCGAAAUGAAAGUGUCAACUCUUUCUUUGAUAAAUAUAUUCCCAAGAAAAUCAGUCUUAAAGAGUUUGUGAAACAGUAUGGGAUGAUCCUUAGUAAUAGGUUUGAAGAGGAAGACCUAGCAGACUUCGAUACAUGGCACAAACAGCCGGCGCUGAAGUCACCUUCCCCUUGGGAAAAACAAAUGUCGACUAUUUAUACACACACAAUGUUCAAGAAAUUUCAAGUUGAGGUUUUGGGGGUGGUAGGGUGCCAUCCUAAGAAGGAAAGUGAAAGUGGAACUAAUGUUACUUUCAGAGUUGAUGACUGCGAAAAAACAGAGAAUUUUAUGGUUAAAUGGAAUGAGGCAAAAUCAGAGGUUUCUUGUUCUUGCCUUUUGUUUGAAUAUAAAGGUUUUCUUUGUAGACAUUCAAUGAUUGUCCUUCAAAUGUGUGGUCUUUCAAGCAUACCGUCUCAAUAUAUAUUGAAGAGGUGGACAAAAGAUGCGAAGCGCAGUCAAUCGUUGAUAGAGGGAACCAGAAGAACACAAACUAGGGUGCAAAAGUACAAUGAUCUAUGCAAACGUGCUAUUAAAUUGGGUGAAGAAGGUUCGAUAUCUGAGAAGAGAUACAAUAUAGCUCAUCGUGCAUUAGUUGAAGCUCUGAAGAACUGUGUGAAUGUUAACAGGAGUGCUGCUGAUUAUAGUAGCGAUGCUUUUGCUCUUUGUUGUGCUGAAGAGGAGAAUCAGGUAGUCCAUGCUACCAAAACAAAUAAGAAGAAGAGUACAAACAAGAAAAGAAAGUUACAACCAGAGACAGGAGGUGUAGUUGUUGAGGCUCAAGGAAGCUUGUUACAGAUGGAGAAUCUAAGCUCAGAUGUAAUUACCCUAAAUGGCUACUAUGGGUCCCAGCAGAGCAUGCACGGGUUGUUAAAUCUGAUGGAGCCACCCCAUGAUGCAUACUAUGUAAGUCAACAGAAUAUGCAGGGUCUGGGACAGUUGAACUCAAUUGCGUCAAGCCAUGAUGGUUUUUUUGGGUCUCAACAGAGCCCAACCGGACUGGGGUAUCUGGAUUUUAGGCCACCAAGUUUCAGCUACAGUCUGCCAGAUGAGCCUAAUGUGAGAUCAACCCAGUUGAAUGGUACUGCUAGCCAUGUAUGAGGAUGGUGAAUUAUGACUGCCUUUUGCUGACUGAUGGACUUUUCCAUUUAAACACGUACCUGGUUGUAGAUCAAGAAAAUGAUUCCUCAAAUGGCAGCUAGACAUUUCUUGAAAACCCUUCCAAAAGAACUUCGAAAAGAAAUAGGAGAUUUCGGGAUCUAUUGACUCAGUACUUGAAAUUUUGUGCUUAUACAUGCUGAAUAGGGCUGAAAACAGUGAGAAGAUCAUAGCAGUUCUCAUAUACUGGAAUUAAUAAAGCGAUCAGGCUUUUUAUGUUGAGUUUUAAAUUUGAUUGUUGUUAAUGGACAAGCUUUUUUUUCUUCUUUUUGUUGUGAUGAAUCGCAUCGUUACUUUGUUUUAUUAACUGUCCAUUGGAUUGCUGGAAUAAAUAAGUUUGGAACGCAAAA